AUGGAACGACUAAAGCAGAAGCGGACGGCUCUGAGGUCUCAAGUAACGAGGCUGAUCUCCGACAUCGACGCAGCUAUCGCAAGCCACUCCGACGAGCGAAGCCUCAACGUAUUAUCGGUGAGGCUCAGUGAGUUGCGAAUACAGCUGAGCAACGUGAACGCAUCCAUCGAACCACUGGUACCGGACGGAGACGUUGAGCAAAACUACGCCCGCACGAUUGAAUAUGACGACAAGAUCGUCGCGUACAUCGCCACCAUCGCACAGGAGGUAGAGGAACUCCGACGAGCGAGGCCCCAAACCGGUACAACGCGGAUUCACAACGACGGCGACGGACACGUUGCAACCUCUAAGGUGAAGCUGCCGAAACUGGAGCUUCAACGGUUUGGCGGUGCAGCUACCGAUUGGCAACCCUUCUGGGAACAGUACAAGCAAGCCAUACAUGACAACGACAGCCUCUCUAACGCUGAGAAGUUCUUGUACCUGCGGUCGGCGCUUACGGGAAAGGCAGCAUCGGCGAUAGCCGGCAUUCAAGCAACGGGAGAAAACUACGAUACCGUCGUUGAGCUUCUCAGGGAGCGCUUCGGUCGGACUGACGUUCUCAUUCAAGAACACCUCUCCCAACUACUUGAUUUGCCAGCAGUACGACACUCAAGCGAGGUGAGCGGAUUGCGACGUCUCUAUGACCACUUGCAACGUAAUAUGGCCGCUCUCACCGCGCUCGGGGUGAAGAGCGACACUUACGGAGCUAUGCUCUGCUCUGCACUACUGAGAAUGCUGCCGGGAGAGUUAGUCAUUGAUUACCACAAGUGUCGACGUCUUACAGACAAGGAAGACGACUGUAUCAAAAUAGAGAGCCUACAACGCUUCCUUAAGCUCGAAGUGGAGAGCCGUGAAGAGGCUCAACAAGCUCGUCAGCGAGAAGCCAAGGGUAUGAGCCAUACCAAAAUAACAGAAGGUGGAAAGGCUUCUCUGAAGGGAUCAGCCGCUGCUCUUUCCUCAACUAGUCGCUCCAAGCAGACUGAACCGUGCGCAUUCUGUGCCACGAAAAACCACGCUACACGAAAUUGUCAGACAUCAAUUUCUCUGGAGGAGAAGAAGCAAAGAUUUCGAGAAGCAGGACGAUGUUUCCGGUGUUCAAUCAAGGGACACACCUCCAAAGAAUGUCGCAACAAAAGAAUAAUGUGUGAAACAUGCGGGCGAAGGCACAUAACUCAAAUGUGUGACCCAUCCUGGAAGAAGAGUAAGAACACCGCAGCAGAGUUACACUCUUCAACUGGCAGGAAGAGCGAUAAAACACCUGCUGUACUACUUCAAACAGCUCAGGUCUGGGCGGAAGGGAAACAGCAAAGAGCUCUCACGCGCAUCCUUUUUGAUGGAGGAAGCCAACGAACCUUUGUGAUGGAAGAACUUUCACGUAAGCUGCAGCUCGAGGUUGUUGGUGAAGAAGACAUUACUAUCUACCCUUUUGGAGGAGCAGGAAACAUCAUCAAGGAAAAACGCAGAAGGGUACGAAUCUGGCUAAGGAGCCAGUACAGCCAAAAGAAGCACUGCCUAGAAGCUCUGGAGAUACCAGAGAUUUGCUCCGAUCAUCUUCUUCUACCUGAGAGUGUAGUGCAAGGAGUCCAAGUACAGAUAGCUGAGCUGGCAGACGUCACCUUGCCACCAGCCCAGUUAACAAGACAUGGCAUUGACAUUCUUAUUGGUGCUGACUACUAUUGGACUCUUGUCUCUGGUGAGGUCCAAAAAGUGCAAGACGCUCUAGUCGCUGUCAAAACAGACUUUGGAUGGACACUUCAAGGACCGAUUCCCCACAGCGGUUUGACUGCCUCCUGUUCUACUGCGGCAGUUCUGAAGGCCAAUGUGGGUGGAAGCACAUGCUCAUUGUCUACCGAGCUCCGGUCAUUUUGGGAGCUGGAAAGCAUGGGCAUCACCGAUCCUAACCUCCCACAAAAGGAAGAGGAGAAUGAAGUUGUCAGAGCAUUUACAUCAUCCAUCAAGCUAACUACCGGACGGUAUGAGGUGGCCUUACCUUGGAAGCCAAUGAACCUUCAGCUGGCAGACAAUGAAGGAGUUGCAAGGAAGCGUCUGGUGAGCCUCACAAAGAAGUUGCUUAGGGACGAUGUGAUGCUGACUGAGUAUGAUCGGACAAUUCGCCAGUAUCUCCAGCAAGGAUUUGCGGAAAAGAUUUCCCCGAAUGCAGACAAGGCAGAGAACCGAGUGUACUACAUGCCUCACCGUGCUGUGUUACGACCUGACAGCCUCUCGACCAAGGUCAGAGUCGUGUUUGAUGCGUCGUCAAGAGAACCAGGGUGUCUGUCUCUGAAUGACGCACUAGAGCCAGGACCAAACCUGAAUCCAGACCUCCUGAAAGUGUUACUGAACUUUCGGAUUCAUCGUAUCGGCCUCAGUGCAGACAUUGAGAAGGCAUUUCUACAGAUAUCACUGAGACUGGAAGAUCGUGACGCUCUGCGAUUUUUCUGGUACGAACGAAUGCCAACGAAGCAAGAGCCGAACCCUCCUGUAGAGGUUUGGAGGAUGACCCGGAAUGACAAUGCGGAAGUGGAACACAAAUUCUACGGAGCUGCAGCAGCUAUUCAACAAGGAAGGAACCGGGCAUCAUCUCGCAUUUAUGACCCAUUAGGACUCCUUUCCCCAGUCACCGUGACAGCCAAGCUGAUGUUCCAAACCCUCUGGGAACUGGGUGUCGACUGGGACGCGCCACUACCUGAAGAGGUUCAAACAAGAUGGACGCAGUGGCAUACAGCACUGCACCACUUAACGAAAGUAACAGUACCCCGAAGAUGCCAGUCCCAAGGCUUAUGGGGCUGUGGCGUACCUGUGCACGCAGACUGCACCAAUGAGGGUGACUUUGGUUUUGUCCAAGACCCGGGUGGCGCCGCUAAAGAAACUUUCUCUCCCAAGACUUGA